CAAAGCAAAACCUGAAUUAUAAUAUUUCCAUUCUCAUCUGAUAACUAUUAACGCACGAUUCUUGUAUAUUAUCUGCAAAGUUUGCAAUAUUAAAUAGGUUAAUGUGUCUGGUUUAUGCAAAAUAUCAAGCUCAGUGCAGCUUUGUGAACACUAGCUGCACUGCAGAAGCCGCCAUACAUCACCUCCACUUAAGCCAUAAAGUAAUAACAUUUGUUACUAAUAGUGGGAUUUAAAAUUGCGAAUUCAUUCAUGAUACCGAUUAUAAAUAGAGCUUGAAAGAUUUCUGAUGCAUAUCAGCCUUGGCCCUUAAGCUUAGUAGCAUUAGGAUUUCUCUACGUUUUGUAACACACUUUAAUUUACUGUAUGGAAAUUGAUAUAGCAAUGAUGAAGAGGUCAAACAACUUUAAGGGUUAUUCUCUGCUUAUGAUUAGCUUUAUGCUUUGUUUAGCUGCUGUGACUGUGAGGUCCCAACUAACCAGUGAUUUCUAUUCGACAACAUGUCCAAGUCUUCUUUCAAUAGUCCGGAGACAAGUUCAGAGUGCUAUCAAGACUGAAAUGCGAAUGGCAGCAUCUCUGCUCCGGCUUCAUUUCCAUGAUUGCUUUGUGAACGGUUGUGAUGCAUCGGUUUUGCUGGAUGGAGACAGUAGUACUGAGAAGUUUGCAUUGGCUAAUAUCAACUCAGCAAGAGGAUUUGAAGUUGUGGAUACAAUAAAAAGCGCUGUGGAGAGCUCAUGCAGUGGAGUCGUAUCAUGUGCUGAUAUACUAGCCAUUGCAGCUCGAGAUUCUGUUGUCUUAAGUGGAGGACCAACAUGGAGAGUUCUAUUAGGGAGGAGAGAUGGACUGAUUUCAAACGGGGCACUAGCAAAUGCUUCACUUCCUUCUCCAUUUGAGGCACUGGAUGCAAUCAUUCAAAAGUUUGUCAAUGUUGGCUUAAACAUCACCGAUGUUGUGUCUUUAUCAGGUGGCCAUACAAUUGGAUUAGCAAAGUGUGCUACCUUCAGCAACAGAUUAUUCAACUUCUCAGGACCUGGUGUACCAGAUAGUACAAUGGAAGCAAGCAUGUUGUCUGAUCUGCAAGGCUUUUGUAACGGUGACGGAAACAGGACUGCUCUUGAUAGGAACUCAACUGAUCUAUUUGACAACCAUUAUUUCAAGAACUUGCUCAAUGGGAAGGGUUUACUAGGUUCUGAUCAAAUUUUAUUUUCUAGUGAUUUGGCCAUUUCCACAACUAAAAGCCUUGUUGAAAGCUACAGCAGCAAUUCACAGCUUUUCUUUAAUGACUUCGCCAAUUCCAUGAUCAAAAUGGGGAACAUAAGUCCACUCACAGGGUCUAAUGGACAGAUUAGGAAGAAUUGCAGGGUUGUAAAUUCAUAGUUGUGCUUUACUGAAACAAGAUUUCGUAAAAUAAAAAACUUUGUAGCCAAAUUUGCUGUUCAAGUGUAGGCAAAUUUAAGGAAUUAAUGUGAGACAUAGAUUGCUUUGAA